GGUGGCGCCGCCUCGGGGGGGUUUUGGGGCUGCACCCCAGCAUUUUUCCUUUUUUAUUAUUUUUUUUGCAACUCCCGUUUUUGGGGGCCGUUUUUGGGGAGCAUCUUUCCCGCUAUCCCCCAGCGGAGUGCCCCGCGGUCCCCGAGGCCCGCCCGGCCGGCCGCAGCCCCCCGAGGCCCGCCCGCCCGCCUGCCCCGCGGCGCGCCCCCGCCGCCCGAGCGAUGAGCAUAGAGACGCUUCUGGAGGCGGCCCGCUUCCUGGAAUGGCAAGCGCAGCAACAACAGAGAGCACGUGAGGAACAUGAGAAACUUCGGCUGGAGCGGGAGCAGGAGCAGAAGGCCAGCGCCACUCGGGUUAAUCAUAUGCUGCCCCCUGAAGAACCCCGGAUCGAGGCCCCCCCACUUCCCUUGUCCCCUCCAGCUCCACCACCUGCACCCCCACCCCCUCUGGCCACCCCAGUGACUGUCAUCCCUAUCCCUGUGGUGACAGGCUCCCCACAGCCAAUGCCACCUCCACCCCCCCUACCGUUGCCCCCAAGCCAGCCGCUGACCCUAGCUCCACGGCAGCCGGCCUUGGUCAGUGCACCAGGACUCAGUAUCAAGGACCCCAUCCCCCCACUCCCCAGGCCACCAGCCACUGCCACCCCGCUCCUGCCGGACUCAAAGGGCCCCGCUUCCACAGGCAGCCCCAAACCCCUGCAGCCCUUCCCCACACCUAUCCUGACCAUCGCCCAACAUCACGUGGUCCAGCAGCCCAUUCAGCCCCAGCUGCCGCCCCCUCAGCCACCUGCACCAACCACACUUGCGGCUCUGAAGCUGGCACCAGCUGAAGAAGUGAAGCCCAGUGAGCAGAAGAAGCGGCCUGGGGGGAUCGGCACCAGGGAAGUCCACAACAAGUUGGAGAAGAACAGGCGGGCCCAUCUGAAGGAAUGCUUUGAGACUCUGAAGAGGAACAUCCCCAAUGUGGACGAUAAGAAAACAUCCAAUCUAAGUGUCCUGCGCAGCGCCCUGAGAUACAUUCAGACGCUGAAACGGAAAGAGAAGGAGUAUGAGCAUGAGAUGGAGCGGCUGGCCCGGGAGAAGAUAGCCACUCAGCAGCAGCUGACAGAGCUGAAGCAUGAGCUGAGCCAGUGGAUGGACGCUCUGGAGAUGGAGCGAGUGCUACGCCAGGCGGGGCAGCCCGAGGAUGACCAGGCCUCCACCUCCACCGCGUCAGAAGGCGAGGACAACAUGGAUGAAGACAUGGAGGACGACCGCUCAGCCAUGGGGCUACCCAAGCUGAGCCAGCGGCCACAGCCUGAGCUCCUGAAGCCAGCCCCCCUGCCUCCUGGCACGGCCCCUGCCGCCCCAGCCCCUCACUCCCACCCUGCGGCCCUGCAACAGAAGCCCCCACCUCCAGCCGCUGCUGCCCAGACCCUGGUGUCAGCCCCCACCCACCUCGUGGCCACGGCGGGAGGGGGCUCGACGGUCAUCGCUCACACGGCCACCACCCACGCCUCAGUCAUCCAGACUGUGAACCAUGUGCUUCAGGGCCCAGGGGGCAAGCACAUUGCCCACAUUGCCCCGUCAGCCCCCAGCCCCGUGCAGUUGGCACCUGCCACGCCCCCCAUUGGCCACAUUACUGUCCACCCUGCAGCCCUCAACCAUGUGGCCCACCUGGGCUCCCAGCUGCCCCUGUAUCCACAGCCUGUGGCCGUGAGCCACAUCGCCCACACCCUUUCCCACCAGCAAGUCAAUGGCACAGGCGGGCUGGGGCCACCAGCCACGGUCAUGGCCAAGCCAGCUGUGGGCGCCCAGGUGGUCCAUCACCCCCAGCUGGUGGGCCAGACGGUCCUGAAUCCAGUGACCAUGGUCACUAUGCCAUCCUUCCCCGUCAGCACCCUGAAGCUGGCCUGAAGGUUCCUGGGGCCCCUGCCCCCUCCCCCCAAGCAGCUCCACACAUUCCAGCCCGGUCCCCUCCCCCGCCCCUCAGGGGAAGGGUGGGGUGUAGAGGCUGAGCCCAGAUGGGGUGCUGGGCCAGGAGGGCACAAGGGAGCUGGCCCUGCUGCAUUGGGACUUGACAAAAAACUCAAGAGACACUUUGGUGAGCGUGGUCCCCGUGGCUCUGGUGGCUGCCUCGAUUUCCGUUCUCGUCCGUUCUGUCCCUGCCUCGCCUCCCUCCCUUCCCGUGUAAUCAGUGAGCCGUGGAUGUGACGUCCUCGUCCCUCCCUCCCUCCCUCCCCUCACGUGCUGCUGACGCUGCUAUUGCUCUCUAGGGUGAGGGGGCUGAGCUCGGGGCCCUCCCCACCCAGACCCAGGCAGGGGAGGGGCUACUGAGGCCAUUUUAUCCAGGUGACCAUAUGUGGAGAUCUGGGGGCGGGCACAGAUGGUUCAUUGUGUCACAGGGACAGAGGAGCCGGGUGGGGGGGGAGUGAAUACAGACCCCAAUAUCCAGGGGGGCCCCCAGCCCACACUACAGUCUGAUUGAUCCAUCUGCGGUCACUGUGAUUUGUUACAGUAGAAACUAUUUAAGACAAUUCUCUACUAAUAAUAAACCAAAUGAACGAGAAA